AUGAUGACAGAAACGGAUAUGGACGAUGAACCGCGCCCUCGUGGUAGCCUCGAUCUUGUCGAGAGCUCUGUUCUUGACACGAUUGUUCCGUCAGCAAGUGAUCUCGAUAUCGAGGAGGCGCUGAGCGGUGCUAUGGAACGUCUGGAUGAAGGCAAUACCUCUCCUCUAGCUGCCAUACCCCAAAGGCAGUCGCUCUUUUUUGAUGAAACUGUUAAUGUAUAUGUCAUUUUACAAACCCCCUACUUUGACGAAAAUACCCUCCGAUCGUACCUCGGACGACUGGUGAUCAAUCUCGAGGCGCAAGUAGUCAAUGCUCAGCCAGAAAACUACGAUGGGCCUCCAGCUCAAGAAGUCAUCUACAAUGGUUCUGUUCAGGAUAGUGAGGACCCUCUGAUUGUGGUCCAGGGUCCGGAUGAGGCAGAGGGUAAUACUGAGCCCGGCCGUAUAUUUGUUGUAUGGAAAUUGUCUGCAUUCCUCCUCAGGCCGCGAUUGCGCCUCCAAAACCCAUCCGUGGUCUUUUCGGCCAUGGCAAACUUGAAGGCGCCUGAACAAGUACAAAGUGAUACCAUCACCGAAGAGUAUCUCCCCAGCCAGGUCCCGUCUGGGAUGAACCUGCUUGAGGCUUUUAGUGAUGAUCCUGCGUUGGAUGGGAUCAAGCCUAGGCUUUCUGCACUGAGAGUAUCCCAAGUCAAACCAGUAACGCAAGCUACAAUGGAGCUUAUGCGGCCGCUCAAAAAUAUAUCCCGUCACUCAGUCAAGGUUUAUCCAGCCAUAAAUGCUCGUGUCCGAUAUUCUAGGGCAAAUACAACGUCAACGAACGUAGCGGUAAUGGCAUCCCUAGAUGUCGAUAUCACAUCCUUCGCCAAUUGCCAGAUUACAGUCGAACAGGUCCAUCUUACCAUCAUCGGCGGCAGUGUGGAAGAUCUUAAUACCAUGUCGGGCUUGACAUUACCUAUACGUGGGCGGCCACAAGAUGAUAUCACGUUUCUCUAUCGGCUGCUGCCAGAUGAUACGGAUGUUACAAACAAAACGCAAAUCCGAAACCUUGAAAUCUCUAUAACAGCUACUGCAAACCUUUCUAGUAUCUGCCGGCCACAGAUAUCAAUGCGCUGGACAACAUCUCUCGACUUUACACCACCACUUAACCCUGGCUUCGGCCAUCCCACCCAACCCAUAGUACGACCGCACCGACCUGCUCAACUCUCCAUCGGAUCGUCCGCCGAAGCUCCCACGGUCUCUACUCUCGCCAUCAGUCGACCAGAUGCUCUCCCUUCCGUUGAUAUAACUACGCGCCAGCAACGCGACUCGUCUGUGCCCGACUUUGGUGUCACCAUGACCUUUAGUGCUCCACCUGUUAGCAAGCCCAUAUACCCCGGGAUUCCCUUCACCUGGUCCGUAUUCAUCGUCAACCGCUCCGACCGACCUCGAAAACUAGCCCUUACAGUUCUCCCCAAGCGGCGACGAACAGAAGCCGCACGAAUUACUCGUCCGCCCUCGACCGGGAAUGGCGGUACGCGAAAAGAUCCCAAAAUAGCCGAUGCGGCCUUGGACUCCAAUAUAAUCAAUGCCAUGCAAAAGAAUGCGGCUAUCGAGCCGACCGAUGUUGUAUGUUUAAGUACUGAUACUAGGGUGGGCCCGCUAGCCCCGUCCGCAUGCUACGAGGUGGAGCUUGAAUUUAUGGCUUUAAAGGCAGGCAUUGUGGAUGUUGAGGCUGUAAGAGUUGUCGAUUUGGGCUCGCAGGAACAUGUUGAUAUCAAGGAUUUACCGAGUAUUAUCGUGUCUCCAUUGCCACCUCAAUAG